AUCCCACUUUUAGAACAGUGAUGAUCCAAGAUGGCAGCCUACAGUGCGUGCAUGUGUUUUGUGCAAAGAUGUCAUUUGCUUAAGAAGUCUGUGUCUCUUGUGACAGUAUAUAACACCCGACAACAGUGUCUUCAUUCACAACAUCUUACACAAAGGAAAAUCAUUCCAACACAGUCCAGCAUCGUUUUACUAUAUUCCACUAAACAAUCGGACAAUGUCAAGGGACUUACUGAUGAAAUCUUGAAGGCCAAAAUUCUUGCAGAGAAAAGUAAAGAAGAAGGCUCUUCCGAUAACAAUACUAAUUCUGAAAAAUCCAAAGAGGAAGACUCGAAACAGUCACGAUGGUCAAGGUGGACAGGGAAGAAUGCAUGGAAGCUCGGGUUGGGUCUUUUAGGAGGAUGGGCAGUUAUGACUGUAGGAGGGUUUGUUCAUCUAUAUGGUGCACCUCCAAGAGACCCAGAUGGAAACAUAGUUGAAGAUGAGUUUAGUAAAUUGUCCAGCGUAGAAGCUCACAUGAGAAGGGCAGCAAGAGAACUGUCAGUGUUUAGGAAGACGAUACAAGAUCCAUCUCGCGACAAGUUGUUACCAGAUCCCCUAGAGUACCCAUAUGUCCAGCCACCCUACACUCUGGUCCUGGAGAUGACUGGGGUACUGGUCCACCCAGACUGGACAUAUGGAACUGGCUGGCGUUUCAAAAAGAGGCCUGGUAUAGAGUACUUUCUGCAGCAAGUUGGGCCCCCCAUGUUUGAGAUUGUCAUUUAUACGUCUGAGCAAGGCAUGACUGCCGACCCAUUGAUAAACAACCUUGACCCUAAUGGCUUCGUGAUGUAUCGACUGUACAGAGAUGCAACUCGCUACUUGAAUGGUCAUCAUGUCAAGGACUUGUCCUGUCUGAACCGAGACCUGUCCAAGGUGAUCGUGAUAGACUGGAACAACCGAUCCUACCAACUCAACCCGGCCAACGCCUUCCCCAUUAAGAAGUGGAGCGGCAGUGAUGAGGACCGAGACCUCAUUGAUCUCGCACACUUCCUACGAGCACUGGCUUCAAGUGGUGUAGAAGACAUCCGUCCUGUGAUGGAGUACUACAGCCAGUUUGACAACCCCCUCGAGAUGUUCAAGGAGAACCAGAGGAAACUACAGGCAGAGCAAGAAAAACAACUGAUGAUUCAGCAGGAUCAACAAAAGAAGAAAGUGGGGUCUUGGGGCCUGAAUCCAUUCCGUAGAUGAUGAUGUGGAUGAUAUAAGCCAAUCACAUCAAAGGAUAUUGCUGCAGCACUAUUACUACCAGGAUGAAUAUUAUAUAUCAAAUGUGUGAAGGAGUUAUAAAUACAGGAAGUGUUCAAGGUGUGCAUGAAUUGAUGGCAGGAUCAACUGGGAACUUGAGUCUGCUGCCAUUUUCUAAAUUAUUGUGUCGGAUGUCAAAUAAAUUCAUUGGCUGAAGGAGCGUUAGUAAGGGUGGUCUUCUCUUGGGGAGUUACUUCCAUACAUCACAUACUUCUGUCUCAGAUUAUUCAGUACUUACUGUGUUACUUAAUCAUAUCAGCAUUGCAUGAACUAAAAGUGUAACGAUAUAUAUCAAACUUUUGAUGUUUUGCAAUUGUUUGCCCUACAAUUGUACUAUAUCGAUAGAAAUUUAAGAAGCCAAAAGAAUUGUUGAUGGUAUGCAUAACAAUCAAUAGUUUCAAUAGUCACAAUAAGUUAUGAAUAAAACAUAAAUAUGCUGAGAAGACUCACUUUUUACACAUGAAUUUUAGAUGUGUCCUGUGUUACUUAGCAACAAUUAAAACAACUUAAUAUUAGAGUUACUUCCUUUGGGUUUUAGUAGAGACAGGGAGGUAAAUGGCCGACUUUGACAUUGUCGACAAUACUUUAUUUAUUUCUAUCACAUUGAUUAAUAUAAUUAUCAAGCCUAAAAGGUGGUUUAAUACUAUCUCAGUACUAUUGCAAUACAAUUGCAAUUGUAAAAAUAGCCCCAGUAGUCGUCCCUAGCAUCAACAGCAGAUUUGUAGGCCGUUAAUGAUGUUUUCAAGAAAUAAAACAAUUUUUUUCUGGAAAUAUAUCAUAAUACAAAACACUGGUUCCAGCAUAAAGUUGGUUUCACAACAGUUGUGAAAUAGACUGGACCAUCUUUGCCACCAAGGUUGUGGAACUGGAUGCAGAGUUGUAUCCCUUGGUAUGAUAGGAUCCGCUGGUUGUAGUUCGAAUCCCAGAUAAAGAUCUUGUCAGUAUGCAAACAUCACGAAAGUUAGUGGAUUGCAACCUUUUAUGUAUAAAAUUUGAAUGUAUUGUUUUGAACAAUAUCUAUCAAUGUGAAUUUUUAUAUUAUUUUGUUAAAUCAACUAUAAUGCUGGCAUCAUCAUGCCCCUUCUUGUAGUCUUGCUUCUGACGUUGGUGGGAAUGCGGGGCGGGUCACAACUGCUCUCACACACUUGUUUGCGGUUCUGUUCCUCACAUUCAUUUUGUGUGAUACCAUUUCUCCAUGUCCUUGUAAUGGUACGACUGCCAUUUUUUCCUCAAUAGCUUUGCACAUUCUCAUUUGGCCGAGGUGAUAAACAUUUUGUCUUAAGAUUUGGAACCGAUAAAGUAAGGCAGAGGUUUUAAAUGUUAGAAUCAUAAUAAUUUAGUCAGGACAAGGGAGACCAGUGUCCGUGAAUGAUUAUACAAAACCAGUAAAGUCAGCAGGUCUCAUCACCAAAUUCAGUUGUAACCCUCAUGACAAGCAGUCAGAGACAACAACAGUCGCAUCCUGUUGUCUCGAACUCAGAUGUAUUGAAUCCUCGGUUGUGUUGAAUUCAAUGUCAGGUCCUGGCAAACUCUAUUAUAUUUGUCACUUUUUUAACCCAAAUGUGUUGAGUUCCCAGUUGUCUUGGAAUUCAUACUAACGGGAUCGGGUGGUCAGGCUCGCUGACUUGGUUCAUCAUAUAAUCCUAAAUGCGUGGAUCGAUGCUUAUAUUGUCAAUCACUGGAUUGUCUGGUCCAGACUCGAUUACUUACAGACCGCCGUCAUAUAGCUGGAAUAUUGCUGAGUGCGGCAUUAAACAACAAACAAACAUUUUGAACUCUUGAAAGUGUAAAUGAAGGUAAAACUUACCCUGAUGUACUUACCAUAUAGAUGUAAUAGUGCACGUCUUAACAAAGGGUUACCCAACAACGGUAGAAACUGGCACUAGUCCUGUAGUCCUUGUAAACUGCCAAAUAGUUAUACCUUAAGAAGUAGCAGGAAUUUGCCAUUUUUAAGGGUUUUGCUAUAUGUUAUCAUUAUAGGGACUAGUGGACUAAAACUGUUAGUUUCUACCGCUGCCCAAGCACCUGAAAUGCCAAAAUCUCCUAGAAUUUCUGCAUUGUGAUUUGUAUUGUCUAAUGACAUAAGUGUAGGGUGACCAGUAAUAAUGCUUGCGUCCCUUGGGCACGCCAGAAACCUAUGAUUGUGGGUUCGAAUCCGGGUUCGCCCGAUUAUGUUUCUAGGUUUGUCAGCACCAUACCCGUGCUCGUGGAUUUCACUGAAGUGGUAAACGUCUGAGACCUGCAUCACUUCAGGCUUUCCUCCCAUAUUAAGCUGAUAUGCUGCGAUAUAACUGGAAUACUGUUAAAAGCGGCAUUAACCCCAACUCACUCACUCACGUCAUAAUGAUAGUUGAUACACUUUGUCAUGAAAUUGGUUGAAUUUAGUAACUUCCUGACAUUCAGUUCAAGUAUCACACACCAUCAACCAGGUAUCUGUUCGCCCUUGUAUUGGAACACAGCAGCAUGGAUACUCAGCCUGUGCCAAUAACCUUUGGAGUUGACCACCCCCAACUUGGCAUUCGGCAUCAUUUGCAGUAGGCAGGUAGGUGUUCACCUAUGGUAGGACAGCCUCUAUGUUGUGUGGAUGAGGUCAGAGGUGAUGACUCAUUGUUUAGUUCCGGUAUAUGUAAUAGAUAUUUAGUUGUUUAACAGAGUGCUAUGUGUGUAUGUAUGUAUGUACAUAUAUUGACUGAUUACUGCCUGUGAUGAAAUGUUUAUGAAUGACUACUAAGAUAGAAAAUAAAAACAAUUUGUAGAACA